CCUAGGAUGGGCAGAGCGAUCAGAUUGAGCGACGGGAUCCUCCGGUUUCAUUUUCCACUUUACGCAAGAGAACGCACGCGAGGCGCACCGGCUUCAGGCGUGCUCACCUCAAAAUGUUAUCUGCAGUGUUGGCACUGGUCUUGGUUUCCAUCUACCAUGCUGGAGGAACUGGGAAUGAUCUUCUUUCCAAAUGCUUACAAGACUCUGAUUAUGAUUACCUUCUGAAGAUAACAGAGCAAGGUCUCCCUCCAACGAAAACUCCCAAACAUGUGCUAAUUGUUGGAGCAGGUGCUGCUGGACUCACUGCGGCCAAGUUUCUGGAGGAUGCAGGACAUAAGGUGACAAUUAUUGAGGCGAGUGACCGUAUAGGAGGAAGAAUUCAGACGUUCAGAAAUGGAAGGGAAGGCUGGUAUGCAGAACUCGGUGCCAUGAGGAUCCCAAGCUUCCACAGGAUUCUCUUGGCGGUGGCACAAAAGCUGAGCUUGAAGCUUGGGAAAUUUGUACAGGAUGACCCAAACACGUACUAUUACAUUAAUGGAGAGCGUCAUAAAACCUACACCGUAAAGCAAAACCCAGAUGUACUGAACUAUCCGGUGUACAACCAGGAGAGGGGCAAAAAUGCAAGUGAGCUGUUUAACAUAGCACUUAGCAAGUUACAAGACGAUUUGCACAAAAUGGGCUGCGAGAAAAUGUUGAACACCUACGAUUCAUACUCAGUUAAGGAGUAUUUAGUGAACGUGGCAAAUUUGAGCAGAGGAGCUUUGCGGAUGAUUGGUGAUGUUCUGAAUGAGAACAGUUUCUACUACACGGCGCUCACUGAGAUGCUCUACAUUCAGUCUGAUAUAAGCGACGAUCAACAGUAUUUUGAAUUUCUAGGUGGCUUUGAAACAUUCCCGAAUGCAUUCUACAGUGUUCUAAAUGCCACAAUCCUGAUGAACUCCAAAGUCCAGGCCAUCAGCCAAACGCAGGACGGCGUGACGGUUUCGUAUCAAGACUGGCGCAACCUUGGUGAAAUGACUAACAUCACAGGCGAUUACGUCUUAGUGACGUCUACAGCCAAAGCCACUCUCUUCUUCGACUUUAACCCUCCACUGUCAGCUGAUAAAAUGGAGGCUCUGAGGUCCGUUCACUAUUCCAGCUCCACUAAAGUCGUGCUAAGCUUCAGCCAAAAGUUCUGGAAGAACAACGAUGGCAUCAAAGGAGGGAAAAGUAUCACAGAUCUGCCAUCCAGGUUCAUUUAUUACCCCAGUCAUGAGUUCCCUGGGAUAACAGGAGGUGCUAUUUUGGCUUCUUACACCACUUCUGAUGAUGCUACACUUCUACAGACUUUAGAUGAAGAGGAGCUAAAGGCUGUGGUGCUGAAUGACCUAGUGAAGAUCCACGGAGAACACAUUCGCCAGCUCUGCACUGGAGGUGCUGUGAAGAAGUGGGGAAUGGAUCCGUACAGCCACGGUGCAUUUGCUAUCUUCACUCCAUUUCAGAUGAGAGACUACAGUGCGUCUCUGGUCCAGAAUGAGGGGAGGAUUUAUUUUGCUGGAGAACAUACGGCCAGACCUCAUGGCUGGAUAGAGACCGCCAUGAAAUCCGCACUCAGAGCUGCAGAUAAAAUAAACGAUGAUGUAAAGUAGGAAACAAAGCAUAAUGGUUUUGACUAAUUACACCAGAGUAUAUGGAAGUAUGACUUGAAAUGGUGAAUCACAUCUUCCACUGCUGUGAAUCCAUUUGUGAAAAUGGAUUUUAAAACAUCCUCAUGACCCUCUUGUGGAGAUUUAUUAAAGGAUGUAGCUAGCAUUUGACAUUUAUACAUUUUGUUUGUACAUGCAAGAUGGUAUCAAUCUUUUAAGCUUGCACUUAUCAGAAUCGUGACAAAACACAAUUAAACAUUAACCACUGAUUAGAAUUCUCCUGCUAACUAGAACAUGUAACAGCGCAGCUAAACUAUUCAAAACUAAGACUUAAUAUUUUAGUCGGAUUGUUUUUAUUUUAUAUUAGAAUAUUCUGGUAUUGUAUUUGUACAUAUCUUUUUAUCAUUAACAGUAUUAAUAUUAUACAUCUAUUCAACAAUGUAACAAUUGCAUAUUCAUGUUCAAAAAUGUUUUAUACAAAUAAAAUACUGUAUUUGUUAACAA